GUGUUCAGUGUAGGGGUUUAGAUUGCAACUGUUUGCCGUGGAGAAGGGGAGAGUGCUUCGCCGUUGAGGUGUGUGAAAGUUAAAGUAGCCUACAGCCCUGCCGGUAGUUGGAAGAGGGGCGUGAGGGUGCCCGUCUCCGCAUGGAGCUCGGAGAAGCCCUGGUGAAUGCUUUCGAGGGCACAGCUAGCGGCCACGCGCAGACAUUUGCUCUGGAGUUCUCCCCAGGCUUAGGUCGAAGCAAAAGCCCUCCGCACCCAAAAUCCCUCUGCACGCAAAACCCGCUUUCUGAGAAUACCCCCUGGUCCAGUACAAGAUGUUAUUUACAGCCCCCGUAGGGGUACAGCCACAGAGUGUGAGGGGACGCGGGCUAACGCGGGGUAACACGGCGGCCUCUUGGAAACCUGCCCUGGCCUAAUGAAAUGGGAAAACUGAAAACCCACUUGGGCAGGAAUGAGAAUAAAUAAAUAAUGUGUAUCUAGAGCCUCGGUGCAGGAAGAAGAUAAAAGCUGCUGAUAACACAUGUUUCUGAAAGCGAAGGUGAAGAAAAGAAGUGCAGGCGCAGUGUCUCUUGUCGCAGCGCUCCGAAGUAUCUAGAUCUGGAGUGGAAUAGCUGUUGCUUCCAUCCUGCUUCAGGACCUACUGCAGCUCUGUGAUUCCUGAUCUGUGCUUGAUUGCCUCAGGGGGUCCUGACAUGAUGGCAUCUUCCAGAUUUCUCAUCCUUAUAGCAUUGGCAUUUUCCUCUUUGUCCUUUGUUUUUUCGCAUUCAAACAGGGAGAUGUGGUUUCAGGAUUUCUUUCCACCUAACACAUGCCCUAUAAAUGCCAAAGGCAACACUUUUUAUGGCAUAAUGUUUGACGCAGGAAGCACUGGAACCCGGAUUCACAUAUACACCUUUGUGCAGAACAGCCCAGAAAACCUUCCAGAGUUGGAAGGGGAAAUCUUUGAGUCUGUGAAGCCAGGUCUUUCUGCAUAUGCUGAUCAGCCUGAAAAGGGUGCUGAAUCCAUCAAAAGAUUGCUGGACAUGGCCAUAGAGGCUGUGCCACCUCAUCUCUGGAAGAAGACCCCUGUAGUGUUAAAAGCCACAGCUGGACUGCGCUUGCUGUCAGAAGAGAAAGCUCAAGCGCUGCUUUUAGAGGUGAGAGAAGUCUUUGAGGAAUCACCAUUUCUUGUUCCAGAGGACAGUGUUAGCAUCAUGGAUGGGUCUUAUGAAGGAAUUUUAGCCUGGAUCACUGUGAACUUUUUGACAGGGCAGCUGUCUGGCCAGAACCUGCAUACUGUUGGCACUCUGGACUUGGGAGGAGCCUCAACCCAAAUCACAUUCCUGCCACGGUUUGAGGAAACUUUGAAGGAAACCCCUGGGGAUUUUCUUACCUCAUUUGAAAUGUUUAAUAGCACCUACAAGCUCUAUACCCACAGCUAUUUGGGGUUUGGACUAAAAGCUGCCAGACUAGCAACGCUUGGAGCUUUGAAUAUGGAAGCUGUGGAUGGACAAAUGUUCCGCAGUUCUUGUUUGCCAAAGCAGCUUGAAGCAGAGUGGCACUUCGGGGGAGUGAAAUACCGGUAUGGUGGCAACAAAGAAGGAGAAACAGGAUUCAAGCCUUGCUACUUGGAAGUACUCAAGGUUGUCAAAGGGAAACUGCACCAACCAGAUGAGAUUCGUGGAAGUUCCUUCUAUGCUUUCUCCUAUUACUAUGAUCGAGCAGUUGACACCAACCUUAUUGAUUAUGAACAGGGAGGUGUUUUGGAAGUGAGAGAUUUUGAAAGAAAAGCCAAAGAAGUCUGUAACAACAUGGAGAGGUACAACUCAGCCAGCCCUUUCCUCUGCAUGGAUCUCACUUACAUCACUGCUUUAUUAAAGGAAGGUUUUGGAUUUAGGGACAACACACUCUUACAGUUAACAAAGAAAGUGAACAACAUAGAGACAAGCUGGACUUUGGGUGCUACCUUUCACCUGCUGCAGUCUCUGGGAAUAACCUAUUGAACUGUGACAUUCUUGUGGACUUCAGCAUUUCUGAAAGUCUGAGAAAGCAAAUUGAAAUCUCCCAGGUACGUUGUUCAGCUGGAAUUGGUCACAGAGCAGAACAUGGACCAAAGCUACAGAUCUUCACCCGGGAUUGGCAUCGUGCACAAUGAGAGUUACCACAGUAUGACUUAAAUUGUGAUUGCCACAAAUGAUCCAGAAGCUGCCUUCUGAAAGUCACAAGGCCUAAACUCCAGCAGAGUGUCUGCAAGGGGCUCAAAGCCAGCUUUCACCAGCACGUUUGUAUAGGUUCCCAUGGCUAGAAGCACAGAGUACCUGGCAUGUGGUGGCAGACUACAGACAUGUGACUUCCCCUCGCCCUUUUAUUUCAAACCUACAUAACUUAAGUUUGCUUAUGAGACGUUAAAUACAGAAAUUAAAGAUGGCAUCAACAGUCAUUCAUAGAAAAGUGAACAACUGUGGAUGCUGCCAGCCUCAGCAUUCCAAGACUCAGCUGUUAGCUUAGCUAAUAAUACAAGAAGACUCCAGUCUUUCAAGAAGGAGCCUGCUAUAAGCACACUUUGGGCUUGGUUUUGGGAAAGGUGUUGGCUAAAACAUAGGUUGUAAUUUACCAAACAUUUCUUCAGGCAGCAGUCAUUUCCUAAGUGUCUAUACUGUACAUCUGGCUGCCAUACCCGAUAACUUGAUUCAUUUAGCAUGUAGUCAUAACACGUGGUUGUGCUGGCACAGCUAGGCAGCGAUGCCAGCUACUUCAAGGAAAUGCUUGUCAUGUUGCUCCCACAAGGACUUAAGGGUGCAGUCAGAUGAAAUGGCUGAUCUGAAAGCUCACUUUGCCAUGAGAGGCAGUUUUGUUUCUGUGCUCUCAGCACGGCCCUCCCACAGCCAUCUUUCCUCUGAUGCUCAUGCUCCUCAGGUUCUUUGGUGAACUGAUUCACGACACCAAACUUGAGUUAAAUCAGCUCACCAAAGAGUCAAGUCUAAUACUAGCACAAGGGAAAUAGACACUGCACAGCCCGGGAGACCCACUGGCCCAGCGAGCUGGUAGAACACAGCCCAUUUUGUCAGAGUGAGCUCUAGGGUGUGAUUUCCCAUCUCAAAGUUUGGGCUUAUCGUUUCCUAUGCUCUCCUUAGGAACCUCUUCUGAAUGCAGCACAGUGAUGAAACAAGUUGUUUUUUCAGUUGUUUAACAGACAAAAAUAGGGAGAGUGGAAUUAGGGAGAACAAGAGCAGAAGUAGCUAUGCUUUCUUAUCCCUUGUUUGCUUAUCCUUUGUCCAUUUUAAAUUGUUUUAAACUUCAUUUCUCUUCAAUUUAAUAUAGCAAACUUGGACCCAUAAAGUGGUGUAUGCAGCCCUGCAUUGCUCUGGCAUUAUUUUUAAUAUAUACAGUCAGUCUUUAGGAACAGCGCAUCCAGUGAAGGGGUGUCAGCUGUUUAGGAAGUCCAAGACUUCUGUCAGGAUAGCAUGAAGCUAAACUGUUACUCAAAUCACUGAAUCUUGCCAUCUCUUUCACACCAAACACAUAAAAGCAAUGAAGAUCAGUAUUUUAAAUAAAGCGUCUUGUCACACAGGCUAGAAAGCUGGGCUGUAGGAUCUAAUUGGCUGUAGAGAACAUCAAGAUUGCUUGAAUACCUUGAGGCUCCAUGUGUGGACUUUACAGCUGUUUCUGCUAAGGACAUUGCAGAGACAACCUACUCCACCCCAUGAAAUAAUUUGCAGCUAGUCCAAAAUUAAUAUUUUGUACUCACCAUGGAAUGUGUAAGGUAAAAAUGAAUUUACUCCAGUUGUAAGAACAGAGUAAAUUCAUUCCUCACAUGACUAAGAGAAGCUUUUACCCACAGAUCCUGUGAUGAACACUUUCCUUUCAGGCAUUUGCAGCUACCUGUUUGCUGUAACACACCUUUCCCACUUCUGUAAAACCAAAGACUGCCCUCAUGCUACCUUCUCUGCAAUCUGGGCUUGAAAGUAAUUGGUACUUCCUAGCAAGGGGAGGAAGUAGCACACUCAUGCCCUCGCUAAUCUUGGCAAGCAGUUGGAGACUCUGAAAUUUGCCUUACUGUGAACAUUAGUCCACUUCCUCUAGUUAGCGGCACAAGUUUGACUGUGGCCAAUUAAGAUGCUCCCUUCCUGUAUCUCAGGUUUUAUGGCACUAGGGUGCAAGGUGUGCUUUGGAUUGAACAAGCUCAGUCAGCGCCAGGAGUCCAAGGGUUGGGGAUGGAGCUAUCUGUACUUGUCCCACCACCGACACCUUGCUGUGAAUUAAAGCUGUUUCUUUGAAAUAAGAAAUGCUUAUCCUACCUGUACUUCUUACCAGAGUCUGAUUUGAGAUCUGUGUUGCAAAAUUUCUCAGUGUCACACCAAACUUGUGUUCCUUCUUCACUAGGAGCUUCUGUUUGAACAUGAAGAAAGUCGUGGCUGCUUCUCAACCACAAACUUUUCUUAUUCCCCUUCCUAGUGUUUGGCAAAACUUAGUAUGUGGUCUGGUCUGCAUAACAAGGUGACUGCACACACAUUCAUUUUGUCUUUAAUGAACUUUGUAUUCAUUUUAGUAUUCUCAGAAAACACAAAGUAGGACGCAGUGGUUACUAGCCAGGCUGCAUUACUCCCAAGAACUAGCUAAUUUAAUAAUCCAAAAGUCGUCUUUCAGUCUGAGCCCGUGCUGUGACAAGCACUUCCUAGAUCUUAGGGCUAAGAGCCGUAAGCAGUGAAGCUGUAUUUGCAACAGGAAGAGAAGGUGGGAUGUUAACAUGUAAGGAACAAGCAGCAGCAGCAUAUCUGCCAACUGAACAGACAUUAGCCCUGAGGAGUACUUAAGGGUUUGGUUUUGUCUGAAGGGAGGGUGGUCUAGAACGAGUACCACGCAGAGGAAGUUUAUUUUCUGUGUUCUUUGCCUCAGACUCUGGUACUACAAAUGCUAGGUGGGAGCAUCUGCUUCCCAGCACCAAAGCGGCAUUGAAUAUGAAUGCUCAGGGCCUUCCUUUGUCAGUGGCACAAUUCAUUAACUGAAGCAAAACUGCUGCUGUCUAUCAGGGGCCUGAUCCUGCAGUCACAAGAGAAACAAAAAUUCAGCUCAAAGGUUUCUUUUACAAGAAAUUGCAGAAUUGAGCCCCUGCUGUUUACAUCUGAACUACUUAUGGUGUGUGUGGGAUCUAGAGAAGCCAGUCAAGUCCUCACACUCACCCUAGUGCAAUGAGAUUAUUUAUUAGCUUAACUAGGCUAAGCAGCCUUUUAAGAGAAGAGUUCUACUUGCAGCCCUGAUUUUUCUCCUGUAAUGUCUUUUAGCCAGUCACUAACUGGAACUGCCUCAUAUGAGUGACUGAAGAAGCACAAGUAAUGGCUUUCAGUUCAAAACUUCAUUUUGUUCCUUCUGGUGUUAGUUCCCGAUAUUGGUCAACCAUAUGUGUAAAUCUUUCUUUUGGGCAGCACUAGCUUAAUUCUGUGAGUGUCAGAAGUCUAAUGCAGGAGGCUGGUGUUUGGAACCUAAAACCAGAAUAUCCUGAAUACCUAUUUUAGUAAUUAAAGCAUUUUAAACAAUA